UAUCCCAUUUAGUAAAUUUGGGGGUUCCUACAAUAUAUCCUGGAAUAUUAGUGCUUGCGAUGACGUUAAGUCCGAGCGAAAAUGAAUCGCCCGAGUUGUGUGGACGCCCGAGCAGUGGUUCAAUUGCUUUUAAGCCCAUUGACCUUGACUCCAAAAACAAGAUUCAAUCUGAUGAUUUCGUAUCAAUUGAGACCGCUUUAGCAGCAACAGGUUUCGGGAUUUACAAUUACUAUCUCAUCGUCAUCGUGGGAGUAAUCUCCGGUGGAUUACUUGUAGAAUUAUUUGCCAUUGGAAUGUAUCUUCCAGUAACUGACUGUGAUAUUAAAUUAAGUGCUCAAGAAAAAGGAAUAGUUACAGCCGCACAAUUAGCUGGUGUUUUGAGCAGCUGCUACUUUUGGGGAUUUAUGGGGGAUAUCAAGGGUCGACGAAAGACAAUGGUUCCAGCAGUCAUGAUUGCUUUUUUGACGGAUGUUGUAACGAGUUUCUUAAGUGAUUUUUGGAGCAUAGCUGCAUUUCGUUAUUUAAAUGGGUUCUUUAUCGCAGUAACCUGUACAAUUCCGUUUACAUAUUUGGGAGAAUUUCAUACAAAAGAAUUGAGAUCUAAAGCGAUUAUGUAUGCAAAUGUGGUUUAUUCGCUAUCUAUCGCCGUCGUUAUUUUCGUGGCAUGGCUGGUAAUAAAUCAGGAGUGGAAACUUAACAUACCAUUCCUCGGUAUUGUGUUUAAGCCUUGGAGACUGCACCUCAUUGUCAACUUUCUCUUGGUGUUUAUGUGUGGCAUUAUAUUAGCAUUCAUGCCUGAAAGUCCAAAAUUCACUUUGCUAGAGGGUAAACAAGAAGAAACGAUUGAAGUCCUACGGAAUAUUUUCAGGAGAAAUCAUAGGAAUGCCCAGAAUGAAUAUCCGUUUACUCGAAUUCAGCAAGAGAAAAGUUCCCAUCAAUGGAACUUGGUUACAAGCGAAACGUGUUCAUUUCUCGGUAUCGCAAGGCAAAUUUGGAAUCAAACGGUGCCCUUGCUGAAGCCACCUUUCCUUCAACGUACUGCUUUCUUAAGUCUCAUCUUAUUUAUAUUCUUUUUUACAAUGCGUGGCAUGUACCCGUGGUACACCUUUAUCGUAAAUAACGUGGCUGAAUAUCAAAAUUUAUACCCAAACCGUACAACAAUGUGCAAUAUGUUGGCAACUAUGGCCGAAUAUAAAAGUUUUGUCAUGGAAAAUAAGGAGGAAGAAUGCAAAGAAACGUUGGCAACCUCAACAUAUAUAUACAAUCUUAUCCUGGAAGCACUAUUCCUGUCCAUAUCAAUAACAUUAUCUGUAUUGGUUAGAUAUACAGAUAAACUUUAUAUUCUAUUUAUUAAUUUAAUUAUCACUGGGAUUUGCGGGGUUCUAUCUGCCUAUGUUAUGGAUCCUCAGGCUGCCGUUUUUCUGUUUAGCAUGCUACAGUCAGGAGCCACUAGUGUCGGGAUAUUCAAUGUUGUCACGGUUGAACUAUUUCCAACAAGCUUAAGGGCAACGGCAGGAUGUAUGGUAUUUAUUAUAGGUUGUUUGGGAGGUAUCAUUGGUGCAAACGUGGUAGCAGUUUUAUUGGAAACGGCCUGCGAAAUCGCGUUCGUUCUUUCAGGAGGAUGCGUUUUAUUGGCAGCAAUACUAUCUUUGGGAUUGAUUCCAAUGGUAAGACGAAUUUUAAAACAAGAAGAAUCCAUCGAAGAAAAGAAUGUUAAAAAAGUCAAAGUGGCAACCACCAGCAAUAACUAGUUUUUAUUUUUGAAUUGUUACAUUUAGGAUUAUAAAU